AUAUAUGUUGACGUUUAUACUUUGUUGACGUUUAAAAAAAAAAAAAAAAUGUAGGGUAAGGUUACGUUAUUUUUGCAACCCAUAAUAAAGGGGUCAUUACAAAAACCCCAUAGAAAAAUUAUCCUCCCCCCUUAGGGCCCCAUGUAAAUGUCAAAAAAAAAUAUCCCGCGCGCGCGGAUAAAAUGCGCGCGUAAACAAACGUAACCUAACCUCAAUAAUCAAUAAAUAAAAGAGAGACAAACACGUUUUAUUUCAUUUUAAUUUUUAUAUUCAUUUAUAAAAUAUAUCUUGUCCAAGACCAAGCCAAAUAACUGGAGGUUAAAGUUGAAAAUAAAUAUAAUUUUUAAUACACAAUGAAACGUGUGUGUAAAUUGGUGAUAUGGAUAAUUGUUAAUUAGUCGAAUGAUAUUUGAGUUUUUACAUAACAAUAAAUAAAUAAAUAAUUAAUUUUUUUUUUUUUUUGUCAUUGAUGUUAAAUUAAUAAUUUUGAUGAUUAUUAAAAUGAAUGUCCAUAUGAAUAAUGUACAAUUAAUUGGUGAUAAUUUAAUUAAAGAUUCUGGAGAAUAUUCACCAUCAAAAACGGCAAAGGGAGGAGAAGAGGGAGAGAAGCUUGAGAAAGUUGUUGCUCUCAUAAUAAUAAUUCCAAAACUCGCGCAGGUAAAAAAAAGAGGAGCCUUAAAAAAAAAAUAUCCAGGAAAUGAACGUUGAAGAAACCCAUCAACUGUGUGUAUACCUUGUGUUAAAUUAUCAUUUACACUAACCUAACCUUUGUGUGUGUUGGGAAAAAGAAAAGAGAAAAAGAAAAAAAAAAAAAAAAAUGUUUUUCUCAGGAAAAUGAGGCAUAAGGGUCGCCACGAAUCACCAGCCCUAUGAAAUUUUAAUAUUAUUAUUAUUAUUACUAUUAUUCAUAGUCAUCCUCACCAUGAAUUAAAAAAAAAAAAAAAAAAAAUGCAGUGGAGAUAGUGAUUAACAAAAAAAAAAAAAAUCGAAAUUCUUUUUAUUAGAACAAAAAACUUGUUGAUUUUUAAACAAUUAAUUGUGAUAAUAAUUUUUUACUAAUUAUUUUUAAUUUUUUUCUUAAUUUGUGUAACGUGUCAGACAAGCUCAUUAAUAUAUAUAUUUUUUUUGUCUUAAUAAAAUUGAGUAAUCAACAAGUGUUUGUAAAAAUAAAUUAAUUUUCAUUUUUUAAAUAAUUUUUAUAAAUUAUAAUUAAGCAUUUUUUAAAAAUACUAUUACUAUUAUUUAAACGUGCAUCAACUCCACUGUUGAAAAUAAUAAUUAUUUCAAGUGUCAACAUUAAAGAAAAAUAUUAAAUUUACUAACAAGAUGUGCAAUAAUAAUACAAGUGAUACACCAUGGUGGAAAAGUAAACGAAUGCGGCUGGAUGAUGGUUGCAACAAUAAUUUGGAAACAACAAAAAAUGAUGGAUGGACAUGUCCAGUUGAUACGAGUCUUGUUGAAGCUGAUGUUAUGGUUGAUUUGGGUGUAAGCAUGCUUGCUGAUGAAACAAGCUGUGAAAGUAUUAAAAAAAUUGAAACACAAUCACAAUUUAAUACAUCAUCAACAAAUAAACAAUCACCAAAUGAUGAUGAUGAUGAUAGUAAUAAAAAUGAAAGAUCAUUUUGUCGUUCAAAUUCUGAUUCAGCUAAUUUAGAUAGAUUGGUGGAAGAAGAUAAUAAUACAAACAUGGAAAAUCCAGCAUCAGUAUUAAAUACAAUGGGAAAUGAAACUGGAUAUUCUUUUGGUAUUGAUAAUGAUAUUUAUACAGAAAAAGAAAAUAUAAAUAAUGAUAAUAAUCAAAAUGAUGAUAAUAGUUUUGAUAAUUUUUCAUUAUAUAGAAGAAAAAAAAAAAAUAUAUUUAUUGGUGAUAAUAAAUUUGAUAAAUUAUCAGAUGAAAUGAUACUAAUGAUAUUAAAAUGGUUAUCAAAAAAAUGUUUAGUACGUUCAAUGUUGGUAUGUAAAAGAUGGUGUCAAAUAGCACGUGAUGAAGCAUUAUGGAUACGUCUUGAUCUUGGUAGUAAAGUACUUACAAAAGGUACACUUGGUCAUAUAUUACCACGUGGUGUACAAAUAUUACGUUUAGCACAAGCUGAAUUUUCUGAUCCUUUAUUUUUACCUGGUUGUGAUAUUAUGACUGAUUAUUAUACAAGUAAAUUACAAUAUUUAGAUUUAUCAAUGUCUGUUAUAUCAUCAAAUGGUUUAACAUCAUUAUUAUCAAAAUGUCGUUUAUUAAAAAAAUUAUCAUUAGAAAAAUGUACACUUGAAGAAUCAACAUGUGAAGAAAUUAGUUUUAAUACUGAAUUAAGUGUUCUAAAUUUAACAAUGUGUGAAGGAAUUAAUGAAACUUGUAUCAAGCAUUUAAUUAAAUUAAAAAGUUUAAAUUCUUUAAACAUGGCAUGGUGCUCAUUGGAUUCAGCAUCAAUUGAUAGACUUUGUCGUUCUUUACCACAAUCACUAACAAGGUUGAAUAUAUCUGGAUGUAGAAAAACACUAACAGACACAAUGGUUAAAAAUCUUAUUGUAUCAUGUCCAAAACUUGUGGAGCUUGAUAUAAGUGAUUGUGCUAUGGUUACACUUGUAACAACAAAUAGUAUUUUAAAUUUAAAACACCUUGAACAUUUAUCAAUGAGUCGUUGUUACAGUAUACCACCAAGUACAUUUUGGCGACUUGCACCAAUGCCAUCAUUAAUGUAUCUUGAUUGUUUUGGUAUUUUAAAAGAAGAAAAUUUACAAUUGCUUAAAUCAAAUGCAAAUAAAACACAGAUUAAUAAAUUUUUAUACAGCUCUGUUGCAAGGCCAACUGUUGGUGUCAGAAGAACAAGUAUAUGGGGAUUAAGGGUUAGAGAUUAAGCUUCUUUUUUUUUUCUUCUUCUAAAGAUCAAUUGUAAAAUAUUUAAAAGUGUUACUUAAAAUGUGUGACAAAUCAGCUACAACACAAAGCACAUUUUUACACUGAAAAAUACUCUUUUUUUUUUAACACAAACGUAAAUAGAAAAUUAUAUUUGAUGAAUUUUGUUAAAGAAAAAAUAUAUAUUUAUAAAAGAGAUAUAAAUUGUGCAUAAAUUUAGAGACUAUUUUCUUCUCUAAUUUUUUUCAUGAUCGUUGAUAAAACAAGCUCAAAGCUACUUUAUUAAAAAUUGAUUCAAUAAAAUUUGUAAAAGUGAAUAAAUUUUUUUUUUUUAAGGAAAACAAUUAAUAUUAAAAUGUAAGUGCCUUUUUUUUUGUUGGAAUUAUUAUUAACUGGGUAAUGAUAAAUUGAUGAAUAAUAAUAAAAACAAAAUGAAAAAUAUUUUAAAGAAAUAAAAGAAGAAAAAAUUG